CAGCGUUUUGUACCUGUGGCACAUUUAAAGGACACCGGCCCUUGAGGGCUGGAGUUUGACACCCCUGCUAUAAAAUGUUAGGAUGAGGCAGGACAGCAGACACCUGCGUGAAAACACCUGCAAAGAUGAAUGUUCUGACAAUAAUGGCUGUUGCUGUGUGCGUCCUUGCACCAGGUGCUUAUUGUGUCUCAUCCACGGUCGCGUGGUGCUACCAUAACUCAAGCUGCAGUGACAGCACCUGGCCGACCAUCGCCCCGCUGUACUGCAACGGGACGCGGCAGUCGCCCAUCAACAUCGUGUCUGCCAACGCCACGGAGGACAAGAACCUGACGGAGUUCACCUUCGAGGGAUAUGACAACAAAUCCGCCUUGGCCACAAUUCAGAACACCGGGAAAACUGUCAAAGUGAUCUUCAAUGCUGGCAUCAAGAUCUCAGGAGGAGCCCUGUCUGGGAGCUACGACAGCCUGCAGGCCCACCUUCACUGGGGAAACGGCACGGCUGAACCCGGAUCAGAGCACACUGUGGACGGCAAGCGCUUCCCCAUGGAGCUUCACAUUGUAAACAUGAAGUCGACCUACAACCGGAACGCCACCCUUGCUGUGAAGGAUUCUGAAGGACUCGCUGCUCUCGGUUUCUUCAUUGAGGAGCUGACAGGUGUAGAUGAUCAGCCAGCCAGCUGGAAGACUUUGACCUCCUACUUGUCAAAUAUCUCAAAUGCUGGUGUGAUUACCAAAAUCCCAGAUAAUAUUUCUCUAGACGAUCUCCUUUCUGGCGUGAACCCAACCAAUUACUAUCGCUACCUCGGUUCCCUGACCACUCCCACCUGUAACGAGGCUGUAGUUUGGACCGUGUUCAAAGAACCGAUUAAAGUCAGCAAAAACUUGAUCGACCUCUUCAGCACAAGCCUGCACAUCAAAAACUCCACUUCUCUGAUGGUUAAUGUGUAUCGAAGCACCCAGCCGUCACAGCCGGUCUCAACGCAGCCGAAGGCUAGCUCCUCCACCAAAUCUGGCUACUCUCUGGUUCUGAUGACCUUUGCCCUCAUAAUGACGAGAUAUUAAAACAAAAGCUAAGUUGGAAGAUCAACUUUUGGA